AUGAGCCAGGAAUGGAACCAGGCCUCGUUUGCCGACGAGGUCUACACAACGUCUUAUGUGCCUACCGAUCCAGUGUAUCAGCCGGAGACCAGCCAGGACUUCCAGGGUCCGAUUUACGCGCACGCAGCUCCAUGCACUAGUGCCUACGUCACAUUUGCGCCUUCGCAAUGGCUACAAACGCCACAGGAAUCUGUAGUACAAGGCCUAUCGCCUGUUCUGAGCCAAGAGAGCCAGAGCUCACAUACUUUUACGUCUUUGUCUGAACCGGACCCCUCCUUGUUGCCUCCCAGCUUGGAUACGUCCUACCCGGUGGAUCCGUCAUGGAGCACCUACUCUUCCGAGACAUACCACGGCCAUAUGCUCCCGGCAGGAUCCGUGCCAUAUGAAUCGUACCCUGUGUACGGACCCUCCAUGCCUGCACCUCAUUCUGCGCUGUCGGAAGGAUCCCGGUCAUUUGUUCCUGGUCAUGCUCCGCAGUACUUCCAGCCAAGGCAUGCCGUACCAUACUCGGUGAUGCAGAGACGGCCAUUACUUCCCAGGACACACAGUACGGCUGUACCCAGUCAGCCGGUAUUUGGAUACCAGCGUAUACUCCGGCCUCAUGUCACGAUGCCGCAGAAUGCACAUGCAUUCAUGCCUACGGUAAGUAAUGUGCCACAUGAGGUUCGGCCCACCACCUCGGCCCUGUUGGAUGUACCGGUUUCCAUGCCAGCGCCAGCUGUCGCGACGAACGUCCCUGGAAGUCCAUUUGGUGUGCUACCAGCACGUUCCAUGGAGACCGUAAGACCAGAGCUUGCCGUGCAGACCCAGCCCAUUGGACCCGUUGGAUACUGGGUUGACCACACCGAGGACUGGAGCUCCUCCGUCCGGACGGAUCUAGAUAUGCACCGCUCACCAAUGCUUACAUACAGGUCAGACUCGAGCGCUCGCCGAUUCAAGUUGUGUAAUACUGAUGUUUCUGCCAGCACUUCUCAAAGCUACGCCACUGUACAACCGCCGCUCGUUGUCUCUCCGCGCGCUGUCAAGCCUUUGGUAGCCAAGCUGGACAGGAUCCCUAGGAUGGACGAGCAGAGUGCCCAAACGUCCCGUGCAUCAACAGGUCCAGCUUCUGAUAGCGAGGAAGGCCGCCACAGGACCCACGUGUUGUACAGCAAGGAAGCAGAAGCCGAUGGACUGUACCAUUGCCCAUUCAAGGACGACCCAACCUGUCAACAUCAGCCAACGAAGUUGAAGUGCAAUUAUGACAAAUUCAUCGACUCGCACAUCAAGCCCUUUCGGUGCAAGAAUGAUGGUUGUGCCAAGCAGGAAUUCUCCUCCACAGCUUGCUUGCUCCGACAUGAAAGAGAGGCCCAUGGUAUGCACGGACACGGUGACCGGCCUCAUCUUUGCUACUAUACUGGUUGUGAACGUGGCAUGCCCGGCAACGGAUUUCCGAGGAGAUAUAACCUAUUUGACCAUAUGAAGCGUGUCCAUGACCACAAGGAGGACAUCCAUGCCAUGGAUGGAAGCUCAGCUGUUGUUGGAUCCUCCAAGCGUGCUGGUGGCCGCAAGAGGAAGGCUUCUGUUCCCGCUGCCGACGAACCCGUGGCGCAGAGGCAGAUGUCGCAGCUUCCUCCAGUCCAGAUUCCGGUUGCCCAGACUGUGCAGAUGCCAUAUCCAGCUUAUCCUCAGGCCACCAUGGUCCCGUACCCACAGGAGGUCUACUCUGCUCCAGCCGAGCCAAGAAAAGGACAUCAUCAACGUCAGAGAGUGCUAUAUACCCAGUGGGCUAAUCAGCGGGACAUGGUUGCCAGACAAAUGGAUUUUGUGCAAAGCCCGGAUGAUGAAGCCGGACUUCAACAAUUGAGCCAUAACAUUGCCGAGCUUAGGAGACUCUCCCAGGACGCCAAACGUGGCUGA